AUGGCAAAUGAAGUUAUAAUCAAUUAUGAAACACCUGGUGGGACAGAUAACAGCACACAAAAAAAAAAUAAACAGAUGGGAAACUUCACUCGGGGGAAUGGUAGACAUGGUGAAGAACAAUUUUUGAAUUAUAAAAACGAAUACCAAGUCGAGAAUUCCAUUUUGCUUAACAAGGAAGAGAACAAUGCACACCAUGGGGAUGCUUCCAGACUCAUCAAGGACGCAAAGGAUGAUGGCAGCAGCUUUGAUUCUCUAGUGGAUGAUUUCUUUGAAAAUGUCAUUCAUAAUGCAGGAAGAAAAAAAAAAAAAAAAAAGAAAAAGGGGGAGAAACAGGAAGAACAUGAAAAGUGUGAAAGUGGUGAAAGUGGUGAAAGUGGAGAAAGUGGAGAAAGUGGAGAAAGUGGAGAAAGUGGAAAACGUGGAGAAAGUGGAAAACGUGGUGAAAGUGGAAAACGUGGAGAAAGUGGAAAACGUGGAGAAAGUGGAAAACGUGGCGAAAAUAGCCCGAAUAACCUUAUCGUGGAAAAAGAGCACACGGGUUUGCAAAGCGAGAGAGAACAAGCCAAGAUCCAAGCGAAAAAAGACUCAACUGAAUUGGAAAUUAAAGAGAAAGUAAUACAGAGAAACAGGGAAAUACUGAAGAAAAACCUUAAUAGACCCCUGAUGCCCUUACUAAGGAAGAAAAAAAAAAAAAAAAAAAAAAAUUUUCAAGGAAAGAAAACAAACACUAAAGUAAAAGCAAAAUGUGCAAUCGAUGCAAACUAUGUUAAUCAUGCAAAGGAGUGGAAUAGUAAUCAAAAUGAUUUGGGAAAAUAUAAAUUGUCCAAGGAAGAAUUAGAACAAAAAAGAAAUAGUUUAAAGUCCAAAAAUUUAGGGAAAAUCAAAAUUGAAUAUCAGCAAAGGUUACAAAGGAUGAGAGAUAAAGCAAAAAAGUCUCUCACAACACGCAAGUCAGCACCAAGUACUCCCAUCUCUACUACAGGCAUAACAACCAUAACUUCUAAAAUAGAGAAUAAAAUUGGGGAACCCAUCACAUUGAAUGAAAAAGAAAUUAUUAAUAGUUUUAUUUCAAAUGGAGAUGAAACAAAUCGACAUAUUUCGAAUUCCUUGCAUGAUAAGACUUGUCACUUUUUAAGUAAAAAAAAAAAAAAAGAACACCAUUUAAAGUGCAAAACUGUGAAUCAAAUGAAUAAAAAAAACAGAAAAAGGGGUCAGCCAUGCUCUCCCAGUAUAUGUAGCAACCGUCUCAGCAGUAGUUCUUAUAAUCAUAUGCGUUCCUACAAUAUUUACAGCAAUGAAGAAAUAUAUGUAUCAACAGACUUAAGUCAUAGUGCUAAUUUUUCUUCUUGUGAAAAUGACAAUGAAGGAGGGAAAUACAACAGGAAGUAUCUUCAACACAAGGGAAAAGACGCUGCUUGUAGAAGUAUUCACCAUUUGAGAAAAGAACAAAGAAAAAAAAACAAGCAUAGGAACGAGCAAUGUGUGUUAAAUGAAUCCCGUGAAAAGCGAUUAUUUCGCGUGAAUUCCACAUUUGACAAGUACUCUCGUGAGUGUAGAAGUGAGUGUAGAAGUGAGUGUAGAAGUGAGUGUAGAAGUGAGUGUAGAAGUGAGUGUAGAAGUGAGUGUAGAAGUGAGUGCAGAAGUGAGUGCAGAAGUGAGUGUAGAAGUGAGUGCAGAAGUGAGUGCAGAAGUGAGUGCAGAAGUGAGUGCAGAAGUGAGUGCAGCAGCCAGUGCAGUAGCUUGCUAAAUGUUCGUGUCAGUGAGUGUGAAUAUGACUUAAUCAAUCGUUCGCUAAGAGGCGAAGGAGUAAAGCAUAAGAAGAAAACCUGGAUGAAAAAAGACAGAGACAAGUUUGAACACAAACAGCAUGCAUGUCUUACAGAAGAGAGUGCAUUGCUAGUGAAAAAUAAAAAGAAAUACACAAAAGGUUAUACACAUAAUUACUGCAGAGAGAGUGAUCAUAUGAACAUCUCAAGGAAUAUGUCUGCAUCCACGGAUGAAAGUACCAUCGAUUAUUUUAUGGAAGAAUUGAAAAAAAGGAACGAAGUUCUCUGUCAGAAUGUCGAAACGAUUGAAAUAAAAAUAGACAAUUUGGAGGAGCUUCAUCAAGUGAAUAGAAAAAAAUUCAAUGAAAAGAAAUUUUACCCAAACCUAAAAUCUAAGUUCUUUUUUCACAAAGAUUCUAGUGAAGAAAGAUCUUUGAAUACGUCAUCUGGAAAUUCUUCUGACACAGGUUCAGACAAUUUUGAUCAUGUUUUGGAUUCUGAUUACGAGGAACAAAUUCAAAAAUUAAGUGCAACCCCUUCACAGGAUGGUAACAUCUUAAGGCUGAAAAUGGCAAAACUUGAAACUUUCAAUUCGAUAAAAAAAAUGAUGAAUUCGGUUAAGAGACUUAAUUGUGGAAGCUACGAAAAUUUCUCUGAAGAGAGUAAAGUUUCGCUAACUUCAGAAUGGAAUGGAAAAACCGAACGAAUCGAGGGGCCUAAACAAAUCGAGGGGACUAAACAAAUCGAAGGGGAUGAACAGAUCGAAGGGGAUGAACGAGCCAGAACCAACCCUUUGAUGGAACACCUCUUUCAAGAGAACGAAGAGGCUUGGCCAGAGGCAAGAACUAGUGCAUACACAGAUGAGGAAAAUUGCUUCAAAAGACAAGACUAUUACGAGAAUGAAAAUGAGGAGGAAAAAUUAGAUGCAAUCCCAGGUGAACAUAACAAUAUAUACCUCUAUCAUCGGGACAAGCAUGGGCGUGAUACCUACAAUUCUAUCUCCCGCAAUGCUGACCAAAUAAUCGUUUCUCUUAAUUUGAAUGAGGAGGAAUUGAGUAGGUCUUCACUUGAAAAACAAAACUCAUAUGUAAAAAUGAACAUUAACAAUACAAACGCCCCUUAUAACAAUACUAGUAGUAACCUUUUCAAUUAUGACUCUCUUAAUAAUUGUAGCAUAGAAAGGGUAAAUGGCGUAGAAGAUUCAAAUUUUUUAUAUGAAAAUUUUUCAAGAUUAGAUUUUAUCGAAAGGAAUUUAAAGAGUGAACGAGGAGGAGAAGUAGAAGAAGAAGAAGAAGGAAUUGCGCUUAAGGAAAAUUCGAACAGUACAAUUUCACACACAUCUGAGGAUGGUGCCAAGUUAGUUUGCAACAUAAGCAGGGGAAACAAGAGCAGUUGUGUAAGCAAUAAUGUUAAUCAUUUGAGAUCCCAUCAAAUGGGUAGGAGAAAACACAUAGUUUCUCCUCCGCGCGUUGAAAUGAGUUCAAUUAGAACUCAAGCCACAGGUGAGCUGGCAGCCGGUGGAGUGGCAGAUGGAGGGAAAUUCAGAGGUACCAAGAAGAUGCCCAUUGGGAGCCUCAGAAAUGAAGCCAAGGGACCCCGAAGGGUUACGGUUAAGAACAAGGAAAAUAUGGGGAAUGUGAAACCCAUUCCAAAUAAAUCAAAUGAAUCAAAUAUACCAAAUGAAUCAAAUAAACCAAAUGAAUCAAAUAAACCAAAUGAAUCAAAUAAACCAAAUGAAUCAAAUGUGAAUCCUGAUGCUGCUAUACUCAGAAAGAAGGCUUACACAGAAAUGGAAAAUAUAUAUGAGGAUCAGUCUUUUCAUAAUUAUGAAUGUAAGGAAAAUGGCUUCAAAGAAAAAUGGACAAUGUUAAGGGAUAAAAAGAAGAGCAUAAAAAAUGAACAUGAUAAAAAAGUACAAAAAAGCAUGACACAGAAAAAUACAGUCAAUGGUGCUAACGCUACGUAUGCAAAACGAAAUCCCAAAACAAAGCAUGUUCUGAAAAAGGGUACAAUGAACGAGGUACAUAAUGAAACAAUAAAUGACACAGACAAGAAGAAUCGGCUCAUAAGCAACAAAAUUAUUAACACAUCCAUUAACUUCGAUGAUACACAAAACUUAAGUGAUGAAGAUCAAUUCAUUUUUGACACUUACCUGAACGAGGGGAACGUAAAGCGAGAAGAAAAUUUGCAGGAUAUUAUACAAAACCAGAUUGAGGUAUUCGAGCGCCAAUUCUUGUGA